UCGUCAUUAUGCCGCUACAUAAUACUCUAAAAUCACUUUACUUUUUUAUCUCUAUUUUGGAUUGGCAUUGGACAUUGGUAGUGUUUAUCGUGAUUUCAAACAGCACAUGGUGUGUAUUUGUCAGUUACCUGCGAAUUCCAGUUUUUUCACGUUUCUUUCCUUUUUUUUUCCAGGAGUUUUUAUUUUUGUUUUUACUCACCCGUCUGCUUUUUUGCUAUCUCUACAGUAUUUCUCAUUUUUAUACUAGUAUCAUGUUGUAUUGCUGCUGUUCAAGUGGUUUCUGAAAGUUUUCUUUUUCCUUUUAUAAACCACAAAGAAGUCUAAUAGGCAUACUAUUAUUCUGAUGCAAACAUCCCAACACAGAGGAUCCCGCACGUUCAUGGACUAUGAGUCGAUCAGCCAAGCAAUGGAUGCGGAGCUAUUGGCAUUUGUAGGAAUAUGUGGACUAUAUGAACGAAAACUGAAGGAUCUAAAUCCAGCCAUAAGAAAUAUCACAUAUGAUAUCUCAGAUCUGUACAAUUUCAUUGACGGACUUGCUGAUUUGAGUGCAUUAGUCUAUGAUCACUCAAUUCAGGCAUAUCUUCCAUACGAUAGACAGUGGAUCAAGCAGAGAACGUUGCAGCACUUGAAGAAAUUGGCUCAGUAAUCAUCACAGAUGCUGGACUCAAGUGUGACAUGUUUUGGUUCAGCUGGACCAUGCACCAUUCUAGAAUCAUGAAAUUUGAAUCUUGUGUGAGUCUUCAUCUCAUUUUCCUUAUUUUGUGGAAAUACAGUGAUGCUAAAUGCUAAUAGCCUGUUUCUCUAUCUAGUCGUCAUCUUGUAAACUGCUAUCGAAAUUUGCUCUUGUAGGCUCUCCAAAUAUUGAUUGCUGUAUACUACUAAUGUUUUUCUUUUUUGCUUUUA